UUUCAUGGACAAGGCCUGAUAAUGCAGUAGUUAGCACUUGCAAUCGGUAUGGCUGUGACGGCCUCAAAGGAUAUACAGUUUCGCGUAAUUCUAGCCACACUGAGCUGAAGAUACUGGAAGUAGGUGAGAAAGAUAUCGGCAAUUGGACUCGCAGCACCCGUACUGGAUUACAGUGUACAGUGGAGGGUUACAAAACUCCAUCAUGCAACAUAACCAAUGACGCUGAUGCCGACAUGCUUGCGCUGAAUGAUCAACUGGUUCUCUUGGUGAACAUAGCUGACUAUUACUGUUCUCGGGGUUCAAACUUCACACUACAAAUCGGGAAUGUAACAGAGACAUCGUUUGGCACUGAUGGAAAUAUAACGGACACGACCUUUGUCGUCAACUUGAAUAUUACGGAAAGACAUUUCGUAUCUGUGGAACUGGCAUUUCUAUGUCUUAAUAAAGACAUUCCUUUGACGUGCACAGGUUUAAGAGAAAUUGUUCACAGAACACGGGCCCAGGACCAGGCCACCACAACAGCAAGUGUUAUUCUGACACCCAUCACUAUUACUGCAGUUGCUGCUGGGGGCAUACUUCUCAUUAUAAUCAUCAGCAUACAAGUGUCAUGUUGCUGUGCCAAAAAGCAAAAACAGAUAACUAAGUGUCUAGAUACGCCUUAUGUUACCAUGGAUUGUUCAACGGGAAGUGAAUAUGCUUCUGUGGUAGAUAUCGGUGGUCCAUCUCCUCGCACAGCAAGCCUCAUGAAAAGCCAAGCACCUGCAUCCAGUCAGCCACCCCCGAGACAGACGGCUUCAGUGACUCCAGUCAGAGGAGAUUACAAGACACCAGCUUCAUCGUCAACAGAAUACAAUACAGAGCAAGUGAAUGACCUAUAUGCAGCAGUACUAGUAAAGACAAAAGCCACUACAACAGAAGCAUGAUAUGCAACAUUCUUUCAUAAGGAUGGGGCCAGGCAUGUUUGGAAGCCAUCAGUUUGCUGUGCAGUCACAAGGCUAUUGUGGUCAUGGGUUCCAAUCACACAAGUCUAAAUAUGGAUAGUUGUGUCCUUAGCUCAAUAGUGUUUUCACUAAAGUGAACGAGUGAUCAGCAUAACUUUGUACUUCUUGAAUCAUGACAACAUUGCAGUUAUUUAGCUGAAAUACUGUUCAAACAGUGUUACACCACAAACAUGUGCAGAUGUUACAAAGUAUUGAAGAUAUUUGAAAGGAUCCGAACUCACUGCGUUCAAUAUUAAAGGUACAAGGCAUGCAUUCAGCAAGAUUUCAGAUACAUGACGGCAGUCUGUGAGUAGUGGACUAGACAAUCCAGUGACACCAUGAGAAUCGAUCUGUGCAGUUGGGAUACGACGACAUGCAUCAACUAAGUCAGCGAGUCUGACCACCUGACCCCGUUAGUCGCCUCUUACAACAAACAUGGUUUGCUGAAGAUCAAUUCUAAUCCGGACCUUUACGGGUUGAAACAGUAAUGACUAUUUCAAUUGAAUGGAAGUGUGUGCUAAUUUUAUCUCACCUCUCUGAAUGACGUGGCGACCGCCUCCGUGGUCUAGAGGUAGAGCGUCCGCCCGGAGAGCGGAAGGUCCGGAGUUCGAUCCCCGGCCGCGUCAUACCAAAAUACG